AGCACAUAUUUUUUAAGAUAAAUUAUUGUUUAAAAUAUAGUAUUAUUUUGUAUAGGAGACUUCCCUUAUCACUUUUUAAAUUCCGAUUAUCGUAGCCGCCAAAAGCCCAGCCGUACUUCUAUCGAUAUGCCCUAAGAAACAUAUGAUUUCAUGUAAUCAGUUGCCGGUUCCAACGAAGAUUGUACAAAAAUGUUGAAGGCACGCAGCGUAUUUCUGCUGCCAAGGAGGUGGAAAAGCGGUGCCAAGAAGCGAUGGAAUGUCCUGCAGAACAAGAAGAACAACUGCGACCGGGCGUUGGACAACUUUGAUGACUUCUACGGCAGUGUUUACGGCAGCCGCUGGAAGAACAUGCGGGCGGCGCUCCUCACGAGGCACAAGUACAUUGCCAUGGUCAACAAUUUCGGGGACACGGAGCAGACGUGCAGCAUGCUGGAGACAGAUGGAGCCAUCAACAUGAAGUCCUUGAUUAACCUGGCACAGGAUCGCCUGAAGGACAGCGAGGAAACGAUGCCGGAGCAGGGGAAAUCCCGUCAUGAAAUCGAGGGAAAACUGGAUGCACUGCUGCGAAAACAGCAGGAACGCGAAGUGGCCUCCAUUUACCCAAGUCCAGGAGAGGAUGGUUCAUCCAAUCCACUGCCACUAGAACUGAAGUUUGACAACGUACAGGAAAAGCAGCCGGAGGAGGUCCAUAAUCCCUUCAAACAGAGCUUGACCAAGGCAUUGGAGGAGGAUGUUAAGCUGGACGAGCAUCGUCUGGUGGAUCCACAGUUCGGCACUGGCGGACUCUAUGAAUACAUGCCCGCCCACAGCAUCAAGGGCAUGGAGGAUUGGGUGGCCGAGUCGGAGCACUACAAGUACUACCAAACGAGCGCCGAUUUUCCGCUCACCAUCGAACCGGAGGCUUCGUUUCACUACCCCGAGCACCUCUCACUGUACACCUAUGAGAUGGGCAACUGCUCCGACUUCAAGGGACCCAAGAAGUGCCUGACCGGCGUCCUCUCGCACUUCAUGAUGGACGGUGCCUCCACAUUGCCGCCUCUUUUCCUGCAGGUGAAGCCGGGAGAGCGGGUGCUCGAUGCCUGUGCCUCUCCUGGCGGCAAGUCCCUGCUCCUGCUUCAGACCCUGCACCUGGAUCAGCUUGUCUGCAACGACAUCCAAGAAUCCCGCCUGAACAAGCUGCGCAAAGUGAUGCAGGAGUACCUGUUCGACUACAAGGAACGCUGGGCGGGCAAGCGGCUCAUCUUCAGCCAGAGCGAUGCCCGCUACCUCGACCAGUAUGAGCAGUUCGACAAGAUCCUGGUGGACGUGCCAUGCACCACGGAUCGACACGUGCUUAACGAACAGGACAACAACAUCUUUAAGCCAACGCGCAUCAAGGAGCGACUGCGGAUCCCCGAGCUACAGGCAGGCAUUCUGGCCAACUGUCUGCGCCUUUUGCGACCAGGCGGAAGCUUGGUUUACUCCACCUGCUCGCUGUCACCAAUCCAGAACGAUGGCGUAGUCCACAUGGCCCUGCAAAAGGUGUUCACCGAGUACGGUAUCACGGCAACCAUCAAGGAUCUGAGUCAGCACACGGCCCUAUUCAGCGAUGUUUUCAAGUUCGAGCACCCAAAGGGACUUAAGUAUGGACAAAUGGUGGUGCCCUACUUGCCGGCCAACUUUGGGCCAAUGUAUUUCAGUAAAAUAACCAGAAAUGUGUGAUUGAGGAGAAUUAAUAAAGAUGAAGCUUUACAAGAAGUAGAGUAGAGAGUAUAUAACCUAAAUAAACUAAACCAUUUCAAUAUUAAAA